AUGUUUUUGUUGUUUUUGUUUUUGUUUGCAAAAUUUGCCUUCUCACAAGAUACCACCAACAUUGAGGGUAACAACGAAAGUUUAGAAGAAGCUUUACAAUUUCUUCGAGAAUAUGAUGUUGAAGGAAGCGCCAUAUGUACAAGAGUAACAUUGGCACAAUGGAAUUUCAGUACAAACGUAUCGACAAUAAAUAGAAAAAAAAUGGUUUGUUAUAAUAAAUGUGGCAAUGAUUAUGGCAGAACGGUGAUGGAACAAACAUUAUACGACAAAUUUCAAAAAUUAUCACGGAGGAAAGCAACAGAAUUUGCAUGGACGAAACUUCCCGAUCCGGAUGUCAGGCGACAAAUGAAAAAAUUAAUAACACAAGGAAGAUUUUCAUUACACGACGAUCAAUUUAACGAACUCAAGGACGUUAUAAGUCAAAUGAAAGAAAUUUACACGAAAGGUACAAUAUGUCCGUACAAUAAAAAUCCAGUUUAUUGCGAUCAAAAAUUGGAACCGACAUUAACGAAAAUAAUGGCAAAAUCAAGAGACUAUCACGAAUUGUUACACGUUUGGAAAUCGUGGAGGGAUGCUGUUGGACCCCCGAUAAGACAAAAAUACAUAAGAUAUGUAGAAUUGGCAAAUCAAGCUGCCAGAUUAGAUGGUUUUAACGAUGCUGGAGAUCAAAUGAAAUCCGUUUAUGAAAUUCCAAAUUUCGAAGAUCAUUUAUCUGAAUUAUGGAACAUGAUCGAACCUUUUUACAAACAACUACACGCAUACGUCAGGAGAAAACUUAUUAAAUUUUACGGAUCGAAAUAUAUACGUCACGAUGGUCCGAUACCAGCUCAUCUUUUGGGUAACAUGUGGGCACAAUCUUGGAAAAAUAUCGAAGAAUUAAUUAUUCCUUAUCCCGGAAAAACAAUCGGUGAUAUCACACCCGAAUUGAUAAGACAAGUUGCCGAAGAAUUUUUUAUAUCCCUUGGAUUAAAGCCAAUGCCUCCAGAAUUUUGGAGACAUUCACUUUUAGAAAAACCAAUCGGUAGAGAAGUUGUUUGCAGAGCUUCGGCGUGGGAUUUUUGUAAUAAAAUGGAUUAUAGAAUAAAACAAUGCACAGAAGUCACGAUGGAAGAUUUUCUAACGAUUCAUCACGAAAUGGCACACAUCGAAUAUUAUUUACAAUAUGCAGAUCAACCUUAUUUAUAUAGAGAAGGAGCGAAUCCAGCAUUUCACGAAGCUGUUGGUGAUGUCAUAGUACUUUCCGUUCAAACACCCAGACACCUUCAAAGAAUCGGUCUUUUAAAUAACAUAACCGACGAUUACGAAACGAAUAUAAAUUAUUUAUUAUCCAUGGCAUUGGAAAAAGUGGUUUAUUUACCGUUUGCAUAUAUAGUAGACAAAUGGCGGUGGAACGUUUUUGCAGAAGGGAUUAAUAACAUGAAUUCAAAAUGGUGGGAAUUGAAAUUAAAUUAUCAAGGAUUGAUACCACCCGUGCCUAGAAGCGAAUCUGAUUUCGAUGCUGCUGCUAAAUAUCACGUAGCUUCCGACACUCCUUACAUAAGGUAUUUUUUAAGCGUCAUAAUACAAUUCCAGUUGUACGAAUCUUUAUGCGAAGCUUCGGGGCAUUAUGGACCACUUCAUACCUGUGACAUUUACAGAUCGAGAGAAGCCGGACGUUUGCUACGAGAAAUAUUACAAUCUGGAUCUUCUCGUUCUUGGUCUGACGUCAUCAACGUUAUGACGAAAGGAAAAAUAAAAAAAAUUUCAGCAAGUUCUUUAUUGAAUUAUUUUAAACCUUUGUUAACCUGGUUGGAAGUACAAAAUAAAGAAGAAUUAUACGUUGGUUGGACUACCGGUCCUCACGAUACCGGUAAGAUUAUGGAUGACGUCAUCACAAGACGGUGA